AAGUUUCCGGAGGUGUUUGCGCACAGAACUCAGUCGCAGUUGAUGACGAUCCGGAAAAAGAAAGUUGGAAGCAACAGCGGGUCGAGGAUUCGGUCCGGAUCUACAUGGACCUUCCCGCGCCACAGAGGCUGCAGAUGAUGCAGAGAAAACCUGUCAUUUGCCCCUGAAGGUAAAAUGAGGGCGACCUGCGCAGUCAUUGUCACCUGAUACCUGCGCAGGGAGGGAAGCGACUGGAGGCUGCAGAGCAGAGGCCUCAAUGACGGGGGGAGAAAUAGGAACUUCGGCUUAUGUUCAGGUUAUGACUGAGGAUGAGUGGUUCAAGGAGGAAGAGGAAGAGGGACACAUCAGAGAUUCCACCAUCUCGCAGUUUGCCCCGAUCCAAACCUGAACCCUCACAAUCAAAACAUCCACAGAAACUUUGUUCUUCAUCAUCCAGCUCUCUGUCCCUAAAGAGUGACUGGUCCAAAGAGGAAAACCCGCAUUUCAGUGCUGAACCUGAACCAUCACCCUCAAAACAUCCACAGAAACCCGAUUCUUCAUCGUCCAGCUCUCUGUCCCUGAAGAGUGACUGGUCCAAAGAGGAAAACCCGAAUUUCAGUGCCGAACCGGGUCGCCCAAAUUCAAAACAGAGAGAUUCUUCUGGGGAGAGGAAGCCCUCCAGCUGUUGGUUUUGUCUGAACGUCCUGGAGGAGCCGGUCUGCAGCAGCUGUGGACACGGCUUGUGCAGACAGUGCAUCGCCUCCAACCAGGCCGCUCCAUCCAGAGCCUCCUCCUGUUCACGAUGUGAAAGAAGAUCCAGAGCGGAAGCUGGACCGCAGACAGCCGAAGGUUUUCGUCUCCAGAAGCAGUUUUUUAAACAUCGGGUCAGACAGAGGAAGAGAAGCGAGCAUGUGGCUGAAGGAAGUGAAGAAGAAGCAGCAGGAGGAGGAGGAGGAAUGCUUCUCAACGACAUCUACACUGAGCUUUACAUCACUGAGGGGCUGAGGGACAAGGUGCACACCCAACACGAGGUGAGGCAGCUGGAGACGGCCUCCAAGAACAAAGAAACACGCAAGGCUUCAAUCAGGUGCCACGACAUCUUCAAAGCUUUCCAGAACCAGGAUGGACCCGUCCGAGUGGUUCUGACGAGCGGCAUUGCUGGCAUUGGAAAAACCUUCCUGGUGCAGAAGUUCACUCUGGACUGGGCCGAGGGUCUGGAGAACCAAGACGUCAUUUCUGUGGUUCCUCUUUCCCUCAGGGAGCUAAACUUGGUCAGAGAUGAGCAGUACAGUCUUCACAGUCUGAUCCAGCUUUUCCAUCCAGCGUUCCAGAAGAUCCCAGCAGAGCAGCUGGAUGUCAAUAAACUUCUGUUCAUCUUUGAUGGCCUGGAUGAAAGCAGACUUUCUCUGGACUUCCACAACAGUCAGGUGGUGUCUGAUGUCACCCAGAAGUCCUCAGUCAGCGUUCUUCUGACAAACCUCAUCCAGGGACGUCUGCUUCCCUCAGCUCUGGUCUGGAUCACUUCCAGACCUGCAGCAGCCCACCAGAUCCCUGAAAAACUCGUGGAUCGGCUGACAGAAGUGAUCGGCUUCGAUGAUUCUCAGAAGGAGGAGUACUUCAGGAAGAGGUUCAGCGACGAAGAGCAGUUCAGCAGAAUCAUCUCCCACAUCCAGAGCUCCAGGAGCCUUCACGUCAUGUGCAGAGUCCCAAUCUUCUGCUGGAUCACUGCUACGGUUCUGGAGCACAUGUUGACCACAGAAGAUAGAGGAGAGGUGCCAACGACUCUGACUGACAUGUACUCGCAGUUCCUGAUGGUCCAGACAAAGAGGAAGAAGAAGUACCAACAGGGAUGCGAGACGUGUCCACAGGAAGUGACAGAGGCUGACAGGGAAGUCCUCCUGAAGCUGGGGAAGCUGGCGUUUAAACAUCUGGAGAAGGGGAACAUCAUGUUCUACCAAGAAGACCUGCAGCAGUGUGGUCUGGAUGUGACGGAGGCCCUGUUACAUUCAGGGGUUUGUACUGAGAUCUUCAGAAGAGAGUGCAUGAUCUUCCAAAGACCUGUUUACUCCUUUGUGCAUCUGAGCGUCCAGGAGUUUCUGGCUGCGGUCUACAUGUUCUACUGCUUCACAAUCAAGAACACAGAGGUGCUCGAGAACUUCCUGGUGAGUCAAAAACAAUCGAACAGACCUUCAACUCUGCAGUCUUUCUUUAAUAUGUUUUGGCCGUCUGAAAAGGACGUUCCCCAUUUCCCAACACUGGAUGAGUUUUUAAGCAAAGUCAUGGAGAAGUCCUUGCAGAGCGACGCCGGACAGCUGGACUUGUUUGUCCGCUUCCUUCAUGGGCUGUCUGUGGAGUCCAACCAGAGACUUUUAGGAAGCUUGUUGUGUCACACGGAGAACAGUGCAGAAUCCCUCCAGAAAGUCAUCGACAACCUGAAGAUGAUGAAGAGUUACAGUAGCUCCCCUGACAGGAGCAUCAACAUCUUCCACUGUUUGGUGGAGGUGAAGGACCUCUCCGUGCACCAAGAGAUCCAGGAGUUCCUGCAGACGGAGAACAGAUCAGAGAAGAAGCUCUCAGAGAUCCACUGUUCCGCUCUGGCCUACAUGCUGCUGACAUCAGAGGAGGUUCUGGACGAGCUGGACCUGAAAAAGUACAAAACAUCUCCAGAGGGUCAACAGAGGCUGAUCCCAGCUGUGAGGAACGCCAGAAAGGCUCGACUCUCCGGAUGUGGACUCUCAGAGGCUCACUGCGAGAUCAUGGCUUCAGCUCUGAAGUCCAGACCGUCUCACCUGAGAGAACUGGACCUAAGUCACAACACCCUGCAGGAUUCUGGGAUGAAGAUUCUGUCUGAUGGACUGGAGAGUCCAAACUGUCGACUGGAGACUCUGAGGUUGAGGAGCUGCACCAUGUCAGAGGCUGGUUGCACCGCUCUCGUCUCCGCUCUGAAGUCGUCCCAUCUGAUGGAGCUGGACCUGAGUGACAACAGGCUGUGUGACUCAGCAGUGAGGCAUCUGUGCGGUUUCCUGCAGAGCUCACACUGCACACUGAAGACCCUCAGGUUAAGUAGCUGCAGGUUGUCGGAGAGCAGCUGUGCAGCUCUGCUCUCAGCCCUGAAAACAAACCCGUCCCAUCUGACAUCACUGGACCUGAGCGACAACGUGAACCUGCUGGAUUCGGGAGCCGAGCGGCUCUGCGGUCUUCUAAAGGGUCCACAAAGCAGACUGAGGACUCUGAGGUUGAGGAGCUGCAGCUUGUCCGUGAGGAGCUGUGCCUCUCUGGCCUCGGCUCUAAAGACAAACCCGCUCCAUCUGACACAGCUGGACCUGAGCGACAACAAGCUGCAGGAUUCAGGAGUGGAGCAGCUCUGUGACUUUCUGAUGGUCCCCGACUGCAGACUGGAGACUCUCAGACUGGAGGACUGCAGCUUGUCAGAGAAGAGCUGUGCUGUUCUUGCUUCAGCUCUGAUCUCCAUCCCGUCUCAUCUGACACAUCUGGACCUGAGCUUUAAUAAGCUGCGGGAUUCAGCGAUGAAGCAUCUGUGUGGGUUUCUGCGCAGUCCACACUGCAGCCUGCACACUUUGAGGUUGGAGGACUGCAGGCUUUCAGCCACCAGCUGUUCUACGCUGUUCUCCACUCUGCAGUCCAGUUCAUCCCGCCUGACAGAACUGGACCUGAACAGGAACGACCUGAAGGCUUCAGAUGUUCAGAAGCUCUUGGAUCUGGUGGAGAGUCCAGACUGCAAACUGGAGACUCUGAGAUGGAACUGUUGAGGGUGGAGUCGGACGUCAUCCAUCACCUGGAAUGUCCGAAGAUGUGGCGGCGGCAGUUGGUCUGCGGGGAUGAGAGUCAUGUUUGAGAGAGGAACAUGGAGAACUGUCUGCGUCUGAGGGUGACCAUGACACGUUUUCAGUGACGGUCUCCGUAUUCAUCAGGAGUUUGGUAGAUGAAGAUCAGAAGAAGACCAGAAUUUGCUAUAAUCUGCCUCUAAAUGUCUGGUAAAUGUGCAUGAAGGCAAAUCACCAACAAAGAGGGUUUAUUAAUGUCAUUUUCAAUUCCUCUGAAAAAGACUGUGAGAACUGUUUAGGAUCUUUUGACCUGCAGUUUUUGUUUCCUUCUGUUUCCAUUGGUGCUCACUAUUCCUCUUAAAAACACAGCAUUGGGCGAAACAUUUUGGACUGCUCGUUAAUUAUAGGGUUUUAUGGGGUUUGUGCUUUUUCAAGACCUUUAAAAAAAAAUCUGACGGCAGUUUAAAAUGUUCUGGAUUCUGCUCUGUGGUUUGAACCUUCUCUACAUUCUCUUGGACCACAGAGGAAGAUAUUUUUCCUGGGUUUUUGGGCCAGAUCUAUGUUUUAUGAUGCAAAUUGUACCAAAUCUGGAUGGGGAAUAUUACACCUUUGCAGUUCUUACCUGGUUUCCCUUAAACAGUGAUUUGUGGAGGUUCCUCACACGGCUCUAACCUAAAACAUCUGCAGACUGCCUUUAAAAGUCUGUCAUAUUUCAAACUGAUCUGUGAUAAAUUUCCAAUUUACAGACUGACAGAUGGAGCAAAGUUAACCGUCCUUAAAGUUUCCUAUUGGUUAAAUGGACUCACCAUGCAAAAAACGUCUGACGUGUUUAAAUUUUACUGACCAGAACACCAAAACAGAAGGUUUUAGUGCUGACGUCGUGGUGGGAAACUUCACAGACCACAUUGUUCUUGAACUUCUCCAACAGGUGUUUUCAUCAUUACAUGAAUCAGGAAAGAAUCAGUUUACAUUCAAAUGAAAAAAGAGCUUGUGGUCCUGCUGGCUUGUAAGUUUUUGCUGCAUCCUCUCAAACAGAUUUUGGAUUUGGAUUUGAGUAACUUUUGUCAUUUGGUUAUUUCUUUAAAACCGUCCACAUAUGUACCUGAGUUGCUCCUCUCCAGCUUUUGGUGACACUUUUUUUCCCCCUCGGUGACGGUAAUCCUGCUGACCAUUUGUCCCACACAGGUUUGAGCCUGCGGGUGAAAAAUCAAAAUCUUUUAGCAGGGAAUCUGAUAACAGCGAAGGCCUUUCUAUUCCGUAUUGUUUCUUUUGUAAGCCUGUGUCUUGCACAAACUGUGAAAAUAAGCUUUAAUUCAACACAAAAAGCAAUAGCAGUAUUUUAAUCCUGGGAGGUUUUGCUCUCCACAACGAUGUCUUGAUGGAGAAACGCCAAAGAAAAGGCUGUCAGAUGAAGUUGACGCUAGCUGAACCUUCAGCUGCUCCAGUUUGUUUUGCGAUGGAAACUGGUGGCUUUUCACCUUCUUCUUCUUUUUGCAAAGUUUUCUCUUCUUCUUCUGGAUGGUGGAACCGUUUAGGUGUUUGCUGUGCUGCGAGAGAGAGCUACGCAGGAAGAGAAAAAGAUUAGAGAAAAAAAUGGAAACCCAUCAUGUCAUUCUCUGAUCAUCUUAAGAUGUAUUGAAAAUAAUGAACAGCAGCAGAAAGUGAUUCGUUUUUAAAUACAUUCAAAGCAAACUUUGUUUGUUGAAUGAUAAUCGGAUUUUGUGCCGGAAUCUUAUCUUUACAAAGUUUUUUGACAUUUUCCAAACUUGUCAAGUGAUGGAUGAUUGGAUGGAGCUCUGCAGACCGGCAUCACUUUCUUCCAGGAUGGUCCAUGUGAGCUCUUGGGUCUGCAGGUUUCCACUCUUCCUCUGACUGUGGCUGUGCUCCUGCAGACAUCAGCAGCUGAUUUUAGUUCGUCAUGAUGCUGAGUUGUGUUCUGGAGUAGGAAAAAUCAACCAAGUGUGCGUUAGGAAUGCCACAAUUCUUGGUUUAAAAUCAAAUCACAUGUUAAGCAACUGCACCAAAUUCUGGGAAAAGUGAAUUGUUGCAUCCCUACUGCAUAAUGACAUAUUCACAUUAAAGGUGUCAAACACUAUAAAUUUAAGAAGAAUGCAUUAUUGAGUGUUUUAUUGCACCAGGAUGAGUGUGAGUCACCUGAAAGGUUUUUUGUCAUCAUUUGUUUCUAAGCAAAAAAUGUUAAAUUUGUAGUUUUUCUUUGUUUUGUAAUAAAGAAACAAAACUGUGACCCAAAAA